AUGUCUCCUGCAAAACCACUUGUAUCCUUAUUGUCUCACAGAUUGCUGCUUAUAUUUUUUGCAGAAACAUCUAAUCCCUCUGACUCAGUUGCUCUGACAGCAAACUUCACAUUUGUAGCCCGUGACUCGAAAACUGGUAAAUCGGCUCUGAUUAACCAGAUCUCACCUGAGACUGAAAGAGAAAAAUUGCUUUGGGAAGGAGCAGAACAAAGGAACAAACUGAGAAAAAAGAAGGGGGGAGAACAGAGAAAUGAUAUUGAGAAUGGGGAAGUGAAUAGGCAAAACUCUUUGCUGGCUGAAGGUAGGGUCUUCUCUGAUAUGCCAGCUUUGGCAGAUAGAGAUAGCAUUCUUAUAAGGGAUACUUGCCUUCAGAACUCUUUGAUUUGCCAGCCACAACAAAGGAACAUCCACGGUCGGAUUUUUGGAGGAUUUUUAAUGCGACGGGCUUUUGAACUGGCUUUUGCAACAGCCUAUGCUUUUGCUGGGAGCGCACCAGGCUUUCUUGAAGUUGAUCAUGUUGAUUUCUUAAAACCUGUGAGUAGUCGCCCCAUUACCUUCCUUGCAUCUAAUAUACUAAUUUGA